AUGAAGACUAUUUUUGCUCAUUUAAAUAUCAAUAAUAACGGAAUAAAUCAAUCAAUAGCAACGAAAAGUUCAUUUAAAAAUCUAAACUAUUAUCAAGAUUAUGAUCUAGCGGGUGGUGAUGUUAAUAAAAAUGCGAAUGUAUCUCAAGUUGAACAUGAACGAGAUGCAUGUGAAAAAGAAUUGUAUCGAUUACGUUAUGGAAUUGAAAAUUUAUUAGCUAAUAAAGAUCAAGGUGAUUUUAAAAGAGAACAGCAACAGCAAAAAAGAUUUUCAAAUAUACAAAAUCCAUUUCGAAAACAGAUUACUCAAAUAAAAGAUUUAAACAAUAAAAUUAAUACAAAUUGGAUAGAUCAAUGUACUCCUUGUUGUCGCCGUUGGAGGAGAGUUAGACGCAAUAGUAAUAUAAAUAGUCCCAAUCAAUAUUCUAACCGUCAAAUGCACAAGGAGAAAAGUUUUGAUCGUUCUUUACCGAAAACUCCCAAAUCUUCAGGGUCAUCACAAUUUAAUAGAGAUUUAUCCAUUUCUAAUUCACCAUCACAUCAUAUCGAUUCUGAUGGGCAUCGAUCGAAAUUUAAUUUAAAACGCAGCGUUUCUAAAUUAAUCAAUGGACUAACACCUAAUAAAAUGAAUCCUACAAAUUUAUUCAGAUCGAACGAUAUGAAUGAUCCACUAUACAAUGCAUUAAUACUUAAGAUACUCGAAGCAAAAGCAUUAGAUUGUCUUUGUACUGGUUAUUCGAAGCGUGAUACAGAAAAACAAAUUUCAAAAGCAUUGGCCGAAAUCGAUCAAAGAAUUAGCAGACAACAGUUGGAUUCAAUAAGCGUUAGAUCAACGAAGACAUCGCCACUGAAGAAUUCAGUAAACGAUCCUGAAUCUAAUUUUUCUCAAUUGAUUACACCACAACUAUUGAGUGAAAAAAUUAUGCAUUCAUCGCCGUCUGAUACUGAAAUACCGUAUAUUAGUGCAACAACAUCAAAAUCUUCUGAUAAUAAUAAAGAUAAAAUAAAAAGUGCAUUGAAAUUAAAUGAAACUAUUAAAAAAAAACCCAAGAAAAAAUCUAAAGUAACCAUUAUUGGCGAUAAAAGAUCAAAAUCAAGAAAGUCAAUGAAGAAAAAAAGACCAAGCUCAAAACAUAGGCAAAAACCCAAACAAAAGCAUAAACCAACUAGUACAAGAAAAAAUCGCAGCAAAUCUAAAACUUCAAAUAAAAAACGAAGCUCAUCUAAAGUUAAAAAAAGUCGUUUUAAUAAAUUUUACAUAAUGAGACUAUUAUCAAUAUUCUCCCUGUUUGUCUUUUGUUUAUCUUUAUUGAUGAUUGAUGCUACUGAUCAUUACCAGGUUCAAGCAUCGGGUAAUGACUGUCAACAAGCGUGUUUCAAUGCAUGUGAAGAGAAAUGUCCUGGUGCACCAUGCGAUUAUCCUAGUACAACUUUUGUUCGCUCAAAAACUAGCUGCGUUAGGUGUUUUUGUCCAGAAGAUAUAUUGGAAUAA